CAGGUGCUUGAGCUCUGACCUCCUGCCUCCCAGGCCAUUAGCAGAAAGCUGGAAAUGUGAGCUGGGCUGGGAUUUAAACCUUGCAUACUCUGAGACGUGAGAGUCUUAACUGGUAUCAUAACUGCCGGUUCUAUUUAGAAAUAAUUUCAAACUUACAUAGAUUUCAGGAAAAGGAGUACAAAGAACUGUACUCCUUACCCAGGUGUACCUGUUUGUCCAUUCCUUUACAGGGACUCUGCAUGCCUUGGUCAUAUGUACAUGUACAUUUAUGUUUGUACAUGCACAUACAUGUACAUUUUUUCCUUGACUUUCUGAGAGUUGCAUGCCUUUCACCCCUAAAUGCUUCAUUGUCUACUUCCUAGAAUAGGAAUAUUACUGUAAGAAACCACUGCAAGCUACCAAUCCAAUAAACUUGGUAAAUUCAAUCAAGUUAACGUUAACAGAAUACUUCUGUCAUCCACAUUUCACUCCUGUCAGUUGAUCCACUAAUUCCGACAUUUGUGCAGGACCUAAUCUAGAAUUAGACUUUAUAGUUUGUUGUUAUAGCUCUCUUUUAAUGUGGGACAUUUUUAUAUCCUUUGUCAUUUUCUAAGAUGCCCCCCUUCCUUUUUAAAUAAAACAUUCUAAUUUUGGGUUUAUUUUUUCAUGAGCGAUUUCAGGUUAUGCAUUCUUGACUGGAAUAGCAUGAAGUGAUAUGUUCUUCUCCGGGUGUAUCUAAAAUGAUUGUGGUAUUCAAAAAUCAUUACUUUUGGACAGCUAAUUAACAUCCAUUUCCUAAGAAAAACUUGACCAACCAUUUGCUCUGGCAUGGCGCAAAGCAAUCCACAGCUUGAUAUUCAGGUUCUUCAUGAUCUCCGACAACGCUUCCCUGAAAUUCCAGAGGUUGUGGUGUCUCAGUGCAUGUUACAGAAUAACAACAAUCUUGAAGCCUGUUGCCGAGCGCUUUCCCAAGAGAGUAGCAAAUACUUAUAUAUGGAAUACCACAGUCCAGAUGACAAUAGAAUGAAUAGAAAUCGCCUUUUGCAUAUUAACCUGGGUAUCCAUUCUCCUGGUAGCUACCACCCAGGAGAUGGAGCUCAGCUUAAUGGUGGUCGAACACUGGUACAUAGCUCAAGUGAUGGACAUAUUGAUCCACAGCAUACAGCAGGGAAACAGCUGAUAUGUUUAGUUCAGGAACCACACUCAGCUCCAGCUGUUGUGGCUGCUACUCCCAACUACAAUCCGUUUUUUAUGAAUGAACAGAACAGAAGUGCAGCUACUCCUCCUUCACAGCCACCUCAACAGCCAUCUUCCAUGCAAACAGGAAUGAAUCCAUCUGCUAUGCAAGGGCCUUCACCGCCACCACCACCUCCUUCGUACAUGCACAUACCUCGGUAUAGUACAAAUCCAAUUACUGUUACAGUAUCCCAGAAUCUCCCUUCAGGACAGACUGUACCCAGAGCUUUACAGAUUCUUCCACAAAUUCCAAGCAAUCUCUAUGGGUCUCCUGGUUCUAUUUAUAUUAGACAGACAUCUCAGAGUUCAUCAGGAAGACAAACUCCUCAGAAUACGCCAUGGCAGUCCUCACCACAGGGCCCAGUGCCUCACUAUAGCCAACGUCCUUUACCUGUUUAUCCACACCAACAAAGCUAUCAACCUUCUCAGUAUUCUCCCAAACAGCAGCAGAUCCCUCAAUCUGCUUACCAUUCUCCACCUCCUUCUCAGUGUCCCUCACCUUUCAGCUCGCCACAACAUCAAGUACAACCUUCCCAGUUGGGCCACCCAAGUUCCCACGUCUUUAUGCCACCCAGUCCUUCAACUACUCCACCCCAUCCAUAUCAACAAGGACCUCCUAGCUAUCAGAAACAGGGAAGCCAUUCAGUAGCCUAUCUCCCAUACACAGCAUCUAGCUUACCCAAAGGUUCCAUGAAGAAGAUAGAGAUUACAGUUGAACCUUCUCAAAGACCUGGAACAGCGAUCACUAGGAGUCCUUCACCCAUCAGUAAUCAAUCGUCUCCUCGGAAUCAGCAUUCACUGUACACAGCCACCACGCCACCUUCAAGUUCCCCUUCAAGAGGAAUAUCUAGUCAACCAAAACCUCCAUUUAGUGUUAAUCCUGUGUAUAUUACAUACACACAACCAACUGGACCUUCAUGCGCUCCAUCGCCGUCUCCUCGGGUGAUGCCAAACCCAACUACAGUCUUUAAAAUUACUUUAGGCCGAACAGCAACUGAAAAUAUCUUAAAUUUAGUGGACCAAGAAGAGCACUCUGCAGCACCAGAACCUAUUCAGCCGAUUUCAGUGAUACCAGGCUCUGGGGGAGAAAAGGGAAGCCAUAAAUAUCAGAGGAGUACUAGUUCUGGAUCAGACGACUAUGCGUAUACACAAGCCUUGCUGUUACAUCAGCGAGCAAGGAUGGAGAGGUUAGCAAAGCAGUUGAAACUUGAGAAAGAGGAGCUAGAACGCUUGAAGGCUGAAGUUAACGCUAUGGAGCAUGACCUGAUGCAGAGACGGCUCAGAAGAGUCAGCUGCACCACUGCGAUCCCGACCCCUGAGGAAAUGACAAGAUUGAGAAGCAUGAACAGACAACUCCAGAUAAAUGUUGACUGUACACUGAAAGAAGUUGACCUCCUUCAAUCUAGAGGAAACUUUGACCCUAAAGCCAUGAAUAAUUUUUAUGACAACAUAGAACCCGGCCCAGUUGUACCACCCAAGCCAUCUAAAAAAGACUCCUCGGACCCCUGCACAAUUGAGAGAAAAGCUCGAAGAAUUAGUGUGACCUCCAAAGUACAGGCAGAUGUCCAUGACACCCAAGCAGCAGCUGCAGAGGAGCAUCUAAGUGGCUCCAAACAGAGUCCUCGGACGCAACCCCAAGAUGAAGACUAUGAAGGGGCUCCGUGGAAUUGUGACAGCUGCACCUUUCUCAACCACCCGGCACUAAACCGCUGUGAGCAGUGCGAGAUGCCACGGUACACUUGAAUCCAGAACAGUCUGCACCAGGUUGAGAGUGAAAGUUUGUGCACUUGUCAGAAGAAAAGGAAGCAUCGGGAAUCCAUUCAUCUGCCCAGCCUUUUCAUUUCCAAUCGUGAGAGGGGAGGAGGGAUGGCACUGUGGCCGCUGGGCUCACAAAAUGCAAAGUGGGGAGGUUUUUAUUUUUCCUUUCUAGCUCACUGCCGAGUGAGAGACAGAAAGGGCUACUUGAAACUAGGAAAGGAGUCACUCCUGCAUGAAUGUACACACAGAGGAGUCGAGAGCUCCUCAGUGCAGUAUCAUUGCUAAACUUACUGCUGAGUGGCCCUUAUCUUUAAACUAGAACUUCAAAUCAUGGUAUGUAAUGUUACAGUUUAUGCAAACUGUGAAUUCCGAGCGCAGACUGACCUGGUCGCUGCUCUCGGGCCACCCGGGGCUCCCUCUGCUGCUCCCUGUUGCUUCCUACCGGACAGGAGAGCAGGAAAAUGCACCCAGAAUAGGAUUUUUUUUCUCUGCAGAAUGAGGGUAUUUGUUAUUGCUGCUUUUUUUUUUUCAGGGGUAAUUUCAAACACACAUAUGUACACAAACAAGAUGUUCUAAAAUGUGAUUUGUAGCAGUCAGGAAUUAGGCAGAUCAUGCUCUUUGAAAGUACAGAGAUAGAAAGACCCCUUUGGCUUGUAUGAUGAUUCAGCAGGCUCUGUCAGCACUGGUAACUAAGACCUAAACAUGCCCCAUAGAUGCGCAUUUUAAGUUACUGCAUGCUUUCAUUAGGCCACUGGUUUUAAAAAUAACAAGCCCUCGCAAAGUAUGAUUUUUAUAAGUGACAUUCUCAUAAAACUGCGCUUUGCCAAUAGCAUAGUGAAUGUAUGCCAAAUGCAAGUCCAUUCCAGAAUCCGUUUGGAAAUCUUGAGCUCAACUGUGGUUCUUAAGGAAACGUUUGCAGCCCCUAGGGCCUUUGCAUUUCCUCCUUCCGAUGUUGUGAUGGCUUCAUGAUGUUUACAGCACAGAUGAUACUUUGUGCCAUAAUCCUAAUUUAGCUGAGAAAAAAUCUAUUAGCUCUUCAAUGAUUUAUUUGCACAUGUUAAUACACCAUUGUGAGGUAAAUUGCUAAUAUCAGAGUUGAACACUGUAUAAUUGGGGGCGCAAGGGAAGGCUAGCUAAGAAAUAUUAAGAAUGGUGAAUACAGUGGACUCAGAAACAAGAAACUCUAAAUUUAUCAUAACUGUAUUCUGACAGCAAAAGUUCAUUCAGGUGGUUCUAGUAAAGCACUCCUGUUUAUAAAGGAGUAUUCCAGAAUGUGGAUCCUGCCGAGAUGUCAAAUCAGGCGACUCACUAGGUUGCAUCACUGGGAAAUUAACAAUGGCACAUUUUAUCAGCAUUUCUACCAUUGUUGAAUUUCCAGUUUUACUCAGAAUUGAAUUUUGGAAUCUCCAUUUUGGUGAGUAUAAACAGCAAUAAACUUACCCGAGGCUGUAUGUAGUCUUAGGUAUACCAGAUACACACGCACACACACUCUGUCCCCCUGUGCUGUCACUGUAUCCUAAUUUAGCAGUAAUCUCUGGCAGACCUGGAAAAACAAGCUGCUCCUAAUAGCGUAAAGAAACCAAAGGCACAGCCCCUACUGUUUCCAUCAAAAUAAUUUCACAUGCUGCCAACAGAUUUGCAAAAUUUUUUUAUACAUAAAGAAUUCCCUAAAGUAUAUCCAAUUUUCUUGCAAAUUCAGCAUGGUUAUAUAAUUACACUGAUAAAACAUUUCUCCUACAACUGUGGCAAAACUGAAAACAAUGAGAAAGCAGAUGGGCUUCAAAGCAUGGGCCUGAAAAUAGCGCUCUUUAAAGACUGUGUAACACUGGUCCCUGUCCGUCUCCACAAUCUAUUAGUCCUCCUGCUGUGUCAGGAUGCCUUUGCCUUUGUAUGGUUUCAUCCCCGAAAGAGUCAGCCCCACUUGGUGUCAGGUCACAGUUUCAGGGACAGUAUGUCUGCUGCUUGGAGUUUUAGCUACAAGGUUAACCAGGAUUCUUGGUGACACACUCAAGUGGCAGCCAUCAGUGAGAAUAUAAAUAGCAUGUCUGAAAACAGCGUGAUGCUUUAUUAAAACCAUAUAGAUGAUUCUAAAGCUAUUGCAUGGAAACACAUGCAGAUUAAUAAGCUGGUAUCACAUAACAGAUGCAUGGUAUCAGUACUUUGGUGACAUAGCUAGGCAAUCAUUGCUUCCAUCUGCAAGGAGAAAUGAGCAAUCAGUCUGUUUGAUAGGUAUGGAUGGGGGAGUAGGAGACAUCAGAUUUUAAGCCGGUUUUGUACAUGUUAGUGUUUAAUUUUGCACACAUUUCGUAUGCCAACCUGGACUGUGUUCAGUUUUUAAAAGGA